AUGAGGUGGCCCGUACCCGUGCCCCACCCUCUAUCACACUUCUCCUCCUCCUCCUCCUCCUCCUCCUCCUCCUCCUCCUCCUCCUCCUCCUCCUCCUCCUCCUCCUCCUCCUCCUCCUCCUCCUCCUCUACCCCCCAUUUACCCCAACGCCCCCAACCUCCCCAGAUCAGCGGCUCUUCCCCCAACCUUCUGCGCCUGCCCUCUUCCCCCUCCCCCUCAAACCACCAGCAGUUGGCGGAAGGGGGAGGGGGGAAGGCGGGGGGCGGGGCGGUGGGGGAAAGUACAAGGAAAUUGGGGGAAAGGAGUAAACUGGGGGUUAGUGGGAAAAAGGGAGGAAAGGCGGGAGGCAAAGCGGGAGGAAAAGGGGGCGGGAAUGGGGGAGGGAAAGGGGGAGGAAAAGGGGGAGGGAAAGGGGGAGGGAAAGGGGGAGGGAAUGGGGGAAAUGAUGGGGGGUAUGAUGACGGGUAUGGGGAUGACAACGGGGGGUGGGAGGCAACACCUAUUGAUGAUGGGAGCUGGGAUAGCGGCGGAAGUGGAAGCGGAAAAGGCAAAGGUGGUGGGAGCACAAGGCCUAAGCAGCCACCUAGACGGGGCACCUCCCCUCCCCCCUCUUCCCGCCGCCCGCCUCCCUCCCGCAAGCCUUCCCCCUCCCCCAGACGUUCCCCCUCCCCCAAGCUUUCCCCCUCCCCCAAACGUCCACUCCCCCCAAAACUUCCACCCUCCCCCAAACGCCCGCCACCCUCCCCUCGCCGCCCACCCUCCCGCGCCCCUCCGUCCUCCCGCAUACGGCCUCCCUCCCCCAAACCUCCGCCCUCCCCCAAACGCACCCCCUCCCCCAAACGCACCCCCUCCCCCAAACGCACCCCCUCCCCCAAACGCACCCCCUCCCCCAAACCUCCCCCUUCCCCCAAACGCACCCCUGCCCCCCGCCGCCCACCCUCCCGAUCGCGCCCUCCGUCCCAUAGCCAUCCCCCUAUACCCAGCCGGCCUCCGUCCCAGCACGUGUGUUCGCGCAUGCAGUGUGCGGGAAAGGCCAAGUGCCGCGCGUUGGGAGGCACGGCCAAGUGCGUGUGUGAGCGGCCGUUCCUCACAGCCAACCGCACGUGCGUGGACCCCUGCACAGUGACCAGGUGUCCAGAAUAUAGCGACUGCCGGGUGGUGGGGAGGAGUGUGCGCUGUGUGUGUUGGGCAGGGUUCUACCAAAAGAAGAGGGCGUGCAUAGACCGCUGUCAGCUGUGCCCAUCCAACACAGUGUGCAUUCACCUGACACCCCGGGCCUUCACGUGUGCCCGCCCUGUUGCACGCCGACGCGCACCAGAGGAUCCAACAUCAUGCGAAGCGGUGCAGUGCGGUGCCAAUGCUGCAUGUGUGGUCCUGCAAGGUCAUGCGCAGUGCUCCUGCAUACACCCCUACGAACCACAGGGCGAUGCAUGUGUUGAUGUGCGCUGA